UUCAUAAUUUUCCGCCUGGAGGGCGGGGAAACCCCAGAUGGUUUCCUGUAGCUUGUUUGAUUGGUGGAUAAAUUAAUCACGCUAAUCUGAUUGGUUCCCUGGAUGUCUUCCACGUGAACAGGGAAUGACCUUUCAGAUCGAAGUUCAGUUGAAAAUGAACUCGGAAAAAAAAUUUUUUUGCAGAACAACAAGAGCUCGGCCGGCGUUUGUCAUGAAUGUAGUUGUGUAUCGAAUUUCUCUGAGAUAGGUAGCGGGAAAAAUCAAGCCCUCGACGCAGAAUGCUGUGUUAUGUGUCUAUGCCCGACUGUGUCCUCACAGAAUUCAAAAUUCGGGAAAAAGCGCGGGGACAGGAGCUUUUACAAGCGGUCUGCAAAAGACUUGGUAUCAUCGAACUAGACUAUUUUGGAUUGCAGUUUACGGGUCCAAAGAACGAAGUGCUUUGGUUAAACUCUAGAAAUAGAAUUCGACGACAAAUCCCCGGUGGUCCACCGUACCGUUUGCAGUUUCGCGUCAAAUUUUUCGUUCAGCCUCAGUAUUUACUUCAAGAUUCGACCAGACAUCAGUAUUUCUUGCAUUUGAAGAGAGACUUGGACGAAGGGAAGAUAAUACCAGAUCCAGAAAAAGCAGCGACCGUGUAUGCUUUCAUCGCUCAAGCAACCAUCGGAGAUCACGGUGAUUCUUACUCGCCUUGUGAUUUUUGUCAAGCAUCGGAAGUUGAAUCGCAGUGGACGUCGGAGUUUCGCAGUAAUGUUUCAGUGGAACAUGCCAAGCUCAAAGGUGUACGAUCGGUCGCAGCUAAGCAAUUUUUCAUUAAAGAACUUUCCUCGAUGGAAAACUACGGAAUGGAGUAUCAUCUGGCGAAAAACGAGUCAGGACAGUCCCUGCACAUUGGUGUUGGAACUGAAGAGAUAAAAAUCUAUGAUGCCGACUUCAACUUUAUCGAAAGGUUUUCGUACAACGGUCUUAAGAUGGCAACCCAUGUGAAAAACAAUCUGUACCUCAGAAUAAUUACCUGUGAUGGUGAAGCCAUGUUCACAUUCAGACUUCUUAGUCAAGAAGCAGCGUGUGCUUUAUACAGAUCCAUUACAGAGUAUCAUGCAUUUUACCGCUGUGAGACUGUACGGAAUGCUGUGACAGAUCAAUUCACAAGAGACUUGAGGGAGACACUUAUCUCAUUUUUUGGAGAUGAAGAAUCGGAGAAAAAGUACAUUUUUGAUGUUCAGAGGACUUCUAAGGAAGUUUAUGAUCAUUGUCGAAGGGUUUUGUAUAAGCUUGGAUGUGAUCCUAUUCAAAAUAUUCCUGCUAGUUUCCAGGUUGAAGACAGGCCUGCAACCUCUGACGUCCAAGCUGCUAAGCUCCAGGAACAGUUAUCCAAAAUGGAAGACUCUUUCAAGUGCAAAAUCUGCAUGGACUCUCAGAUUGACACAGUGUUUUGUCCAUGUGGACACAUGGUUUCAUGCAGUGUCUGUGCAGCCAGCAUCGACCUGUGUCCUAUUUGCAGAGGGCAGAUUGAACGCACUCAACAUGUUUUCUUCCCAGUUGCAGUUGGCUGAAUUAGAAGGCGACACUGAAACAAGUGCUAGUGACAUUUUACACUCAGUAGUGUUUAAGUCCUCUUUCCAGACAACAUUCAGUUGCAACCGUGUGUUUGAUCAGGACCAAAAAGCUGAUGCCACUAUUGUGCCAGUCUUGCGCAUGAUCCAAGGAAGAUGCUAGGCAAAUGUGAGCCAGACCACAUCAAAUGCGAAGUGAAGAUGACGAGCUUAGCAGACAUGCUUUAAAUGCUUGUAAGAAUUAACAGGACUUACUGUACGGUAAAAGUAUUUUUGAAGGAGAGUAUAGUUUUGUAGGUUAUGAAAUUGAAUGGAUUUGAAAGGAAUUUGACUGACAUGUGGGAGACAAAUUUAUUAGUCGAAGAGUUUUUAUCUGAAUAAUUUAAGGGGACCUGAUUAAAUAAUUAUUUGAUAGUUAUUGAAGUUAUCUUGUAUAUCAACAUUGUUUAGUUAGAAUAUGUGUUGAAGUUUUAAGACCAUUAAUUUAGAACUUAGUAAAGCCAGGACAACAUAGAUAAGGUUCUAGAUUGGAAACAUUUUGUACUUUUGUAAACUGAAAGGUGUUUCUAGCUACAGUGAAUAGAUGAGCUAAGUUCUUCCUGACUAUACAGCAUAUACAUAUCUGAACAAUAAUUACUGCCAUUGAACAUAUUUUUCUUUACCAGUAUUUAAAAUUAAUUGUAAAACCUGUUCAGCAAAGCACUGCUCUUCCUGAUAACAGGUGAAAUGCACCAAUGUUACAUUGUUACCUGACCUGGAGAUGAAAUUUCUAAACUAAUUUAUUGCACAGAGUUAUUGUAGUCUAUAUUUUAUGUAAUGCUCAAAGUAAUAUUCUCUAAUAAGUUAAACAAAAGAUUCUAACAUGAUUAGUACACCCUGUAUUUUUAAUGCUACCCAUUGUAACUAAGACCUUGCCUCUCCUGCCUUCGAUAAACCCUUGUGAUGUCGUAUGUCCCAAAAACACGCCUAUGAAUCACUGGUAAUGUAUAUCAUUUCAUGCAUGUUUAAGUACACAAUAAUAUAAUUAUUGUUUUAAUUUCUGUUCAUUUAUUUUACUGUAUGAGUUUUAUUAUUUUCCCCUUUGCCUAUUUAUUUUAUUUUUCGUUUCAAACUAAGUGGCCUGGAAUGUGGUGCAGGUUCAACACAAACCAGCAAAAAUUUGAUAAUUUUGACUUAGUUACUCAAAUAUCAUCAGCAAUAACAUUGAUUUUCAAAAUCCUUGAAUGCGCUUCUGCCCUUGUUUUUAUCUGAUUUCCCUUUCAUAUAAUCUUUCAUAAACAAUUCAGACUUUUCAAGGAUUUUUAAAGUAUGUCUCUCAGUCUUUUUUAUAGCUCAAGGAUAUUUUGAGAUCUUGUUUUUGUUGUAAAGAAAAAUUUAAUAUUUGUUAGAAAUAUCACAUUAAAUAGUAUGUUACUUUUGUUGCAAUAUGAAAGUUGUAAAUAUCCUCUGAUUAUUGUAAUAAAGUGAAACUAACUGAAAUAACA